AUGGCCGAUCGCACCACUACCACAGAGUCUGCACCAGCGCCCAUAGCACCGCCCGGUCUGCUCCUCGAUAACAAAGAAGUAUCACCGGGGGACGGGGAUUGGGAAAAGAGCCAAAAUGACGCCUCUCCAGAUCCCGAGAAAGGACAAACCGACAUUGCGCCCGCGACAUCAGAAAAGAAAGACCAGUUCCUCGUGGAAUUUGACGGUCCCAAUGAUCCAGACAAUCCUAAAAAUUGGACUUCAAAACGAAGAUGGGGAAUAACGAUUGCAAUGGGUCUCAUGGUGUUGACCGUCACAUUUGCCAGUUCAAUCUUCAGCGUGAAUCUGGGCGUUGUACAGCAAAAGUUCAAUGUCAAGAUCGUCACUGCUACACUGGGUGUAGCGCUUUUCGUUCUUGGAUUUGUAUUCGGGCCCAUCGCAUUUGGACCCAUGUCUGAAGUCCUUGGGCGCAAAAUGCCGCUUAUGUUUGGCUUUGCGCUCUUCGCCAUCUUCCAGAUUCCCGUCGCUUUGGCACAAAAUAUUACGACUGUAUGCGUCGGUCGCUUCCUUGGUGGCUUCUUUGCUUCAGCACCGCUGGCGGUCGUGGGUGGAGCGCUUGCUGACUUGUGGGAUCCCAUUCCGCGCUCCUAUGCUAUUUGUGUUUUUGCAGCUGGAGGCUUUGCAGGACCCGUAGCAGGCCCUAUAGCUGGAGGCUUCAUUACUGAAUCGCAUCUAGGAUGGAGAUGGACAUCUUGGAUCACGCUUAUUAUGGCUGGUCUCUUUGGCUUCGUAGGCUUCUUUGUUAUCCCAGAGACGUCAGCGGCCAGAAUUCUGCAGAUACGCGCUGCGCGACUACGCAAAGAAACAGGCAACGAGCAGUACCAUGCUGCGGCGGACGCAAACAAGUUGACUCUCGAUCGAGUCGUGAAUGUGUACCUUUUACGACCGUUCAUCAUGUUCGCCCAAGAACCUAUCUUGGCACUCGUAACAGCCUACAUGAGUUUUCUCUACGGCAUAGUCUAUCUCCUCUUUGAAGCCUUCCCCGUAUCCUUCUACGAAGAACGCGGCUGGUCCCUCGGCGUUUCCCAACUCCCCUUUGGCGCCUUCAUAGUCGGAAUCCUCAUGGGUGCAGCCUGCAUCGCUUACAGCUCUGCCACAAACUUCACUCGCGCAUACCGCAAGCACGGCAAGGUAGUUCCCGAGGAGCGUCUCCCACCCAUGAUCAUCGGGGCCAUUGCUCUUCCUGCUGGCCUCUUCUGGUUCGCUUGGACGAGCAACCCCAACAUCACAUGGGUGCCGCAGGUCCUUUCUGUCGCCUUGCUCGGAUUCGGCUGUAUGGUCCCGUUUUGGCAGGGUAUGAGUUACCUUAUCGACUGCUACGGAUUCUACUCCAACAGCGCUAUUGCGGUCAAUACGUUCAUCAGAUCAUUUGCUGGCGCUUUCUUCCCCCUCUUCACACAUGCCAUGUAUCAAAACUUGGAUGUACCGUGGGCAACCAGUCUGCUAGCUUUUAUCUGUGUUGCGUUCAUACCCGUACCGAUCCUAUUCUAUGUUUAUGGUGCGAGGAUCCGAGCGAAGAGUAAGUGGGCGCCGACGAUGUAG